AUGGUGGAGGCUUCAAUCAGCCAGCUGAGGCCGCUGCUAGGUGAGAUUUAUCCUCCUCUGGGUUCCUGGGGCCCUCUGGGCUCCACUGACCAGCGCAGCCGCAGCCACUCUGCCUGUGGCUUCUGGGGGCUGCAGUGUGGACGGCCAGGCAGCUGUUCACACCACAGCUCUGCCUGUGAGGGAGCCGCAGGCCUGGAUGUGUCGGAGCAAAGCAACCAGGAGACAAACUGCUGGAUAGAGCGUUACCGCGGUUACCUGAUCCAUCACCUGGAGGACCUGCCCUCUGAGCUUCAGCUCUGCAGAACUUUCCCCACUUUAAACCAUAACCAGGUGUCGGUCGGUCCUGGUACCGGAACCACCAGGCUGAAGGGGUUAAAGCCAGACUGGAUCAGAACCCAACAGAACUGUUUGUCCUUUGCCUCCAGCUACACCACCUCAGUGAAGGAGUCCUACUCCCAUCCUUAUGACCAUGUGAUGGAGGUUCCGUGCUCGGACCCGCGGACGUCCUACCGAUGCCAGAAUCACAGGAUCACCUACAGAACAGCCUACAGGCAGGCGGUAAGGACCCAGUACCGCAGGAGGUACCACUGCUGUCCGGGCUUCUAUGAGAGCCGGGGCCAAUGUGUCGCUCACUGCACCAAGGAAUGCGUCCACGGUCGCUGCGUCGCUCCAAACCGCUGCCAGUGUGAGAAAGGAUGGCGAGGAGACGACUGCUCCAGCUCCUGUGAUGAAAAACACUGGGGUCCAGAAUGCAGCCAGGUGUGCAAAUGUGAAAACGGAGCCCACUGUGAUCCUGUGAAGGGGUCCUGUCAGUGUCCUCCCGGGUUCAUUGGAUCCUCCUGCGAGGACGCCUGUCCAGCUGGGACCUUUGGGAAGGGCUGUCUGCAGAGCUGCAGGUGUAAGAACGGAGGGUCCUGUGACAGAGCAACUGGAGAAUGCACGUGUCCGCUCAGCUUCACCGGGACUUUCUGUGAGAAGACGUGCAGAAAGAGAUGCCAGCCGCGGUGCUCCUGCCAGAAUGAUGGCCACUGUAAGGGCAAAGGGGUCUGCGCCUGUCCGUCUGGAUGGACGGGUGCUGUCUGCACGGAACCAUGUCCUGAUGGGAAGUUUGGACCAAACUGCACAGAGGAGUGUGUUUGCCACAAUGGCGGUAAAUGUGACCCUUUAACUGGACACUGCCAAUGCAACGCAGGGUUCACCGGGGACAGGUGUCAGGAGGAGUGCGCUGCAGGAACCUAUGGCCAGGACUGCAAAGGUGUGUGUGACUGUGCCAACGGUGCACGGUGCUUCAACAUCGACGGCAGCUGCCUGUGUGAGCCGGGGUUCAGGGGGCCUCAGUGCAGGAACCCGAUGUGUCCGCCGGGGAACUAUGGGGUUCACUGUGAGCAGAAGUGUCUCUGUGAGGAGAAGCACACUCUGAGCUGCCACCCCAUGAAAGGAGAGUGCACAUGCCAGCCGGGCUGGGCGGGGCUGUUCUGUAACGAGACGUGUCCUCGUGGGUUCUACGGUCCCGGCUGCGUGGAGCCAUGUCUCUGUGUGAACGGGGGCAUGUGUGACGGCGCCACGGGACGAUGCCAGUGUCCCCCCGGCUUCAUGGGUGUACACUGUGAGAGUCCCUGUAAGGGCGCCACCUAUGGGAAGAACUGCUCCCUGAAGUGUUCCUGUGAGAACUUCAUUGACUGCUCCCCGCUGGAUGGAUCCUGCUUCUGCAAAGAGGGCUGGCGGGGGCCCGACUGCUCGGCCCCUUGUGCUCAGGGCACCUGGGGCCCCGGAUGCAACUCCACCUGCCGCUGCUCCAAUGGGGCCACAUGCGACCCGGCGGAUGGAUCCUGUUCCUGCUCAGCUGGAUGGCGGGGGGCCCAGUGUGAGCAGCCGUGUGGGGUGGGCACAUUUGGGCCGGGCUGCCUGAAGAGGUGCGACUGUGUCCAUGGCAGCGGCUGCCAGGCAACCAGCGGGGAGUGCGACUGUCUGCCAGGCUGGAUGGGGCCCCGCUGCAGUGACCCUUGUCCAGAAGGCCAGUGGGGCCCCCACUGCAACCGCUCCUGCUCUGAGCACUGUCCCAACAGCGACACAUGUUUGAGAAAAACAGGGGAGUGUGUCUGUCGCCCAGGGUACAGCGGCGCCGCCUGUCAGAACACCUCCUCAGAGAAGGCCGACAGCGUCAUGGUCCCUCUGCCUCCAGGAGAGAAGGAGUCAUGGGGGGCCAUCGCAGGCAUUGUGGUGCUGGUCCUCCUGGUCGUCCUGCUGCUGGCUCUGCUGCUUCUUUACCGCCGCCGGCAGAAGGACAAGCAGAGCAACACGCCAACCGUGUCCUUCUCCAGCAGCCGCACCGUCAACUCAGAAUACGCCGCCCCAGGUAUGAAACUCAAAGGCUGUGUGAGACCCAGACGAGGACCCCUCUGACUCAACACCCUCCCU